AUUCCUAGAGUAAUUCUGAAAUGGAAGCAAGGUCCUGCAAAGUAAUUUUAAUUGAGCUGGUAUGACUAAGCUAUACUGUAGGAAAAUCAGCUGAACAGCAGAUUUGUAUUUUGUCAAAGCUACGAUUUUUAUGGUUGACACAGGUUUUAGGAAAGCUGUUCUGCAGCAUCUCUUCAGAUAAGACCUACAGUCACGGAAUGGUUUGGCAGUCAACCAGAAUGGAGCACACUCAGAGAAAAGACAGAAGUAUACCUGGAGUGUUGCUCCUUGCUAAUAUGCAUGGCAGAUGCCUGUUUCACGCUUUACCCUUUGAUGGCCAGCUAUGAUGUCAGAUAGAGCUGUACCUUAUGAAGCAAUUUCACUUCCUUUUACUUUGACACUUUCAAGUCCUUCCACACCCAGAGGACAACCUCUGAAGAGCUGCUUGUCAGUAUUAUCUCCACUUCAGAGAUUUUUCUUUUAAAAACUUAAAAAAAAAUACUGAAAACAUUGAAGGAUUAUGAAAAUCACAUUUUUCUUUGCUGCGUUGUUCUUACUGGAUCUCUUCACUUGCUGUCAUGCUUAUCCGCAAUAUCCCUUGCCUGACAUAGAUGAUGCAAAGUUCAUUGAAGACUGUGUGAGAGCUCACAACACAUUUCGAUCCAAAGUGAAGCCACCAGCCAGCAACAUGCUUCGCAUGUCCUGGGACGCUGCUUUAGCUAAGACUGCCAAAGCAUGGGCAAAAAAGUGCAAGUUUAAGCACAAUAUCUACCUUAAAGUUCCAAGGAAGGUGCACCCCACCUUUACUCCUGUUGGAGAAAACAUCUGGACUGGCACAGCCACCAUCUUCUCUGUGGAUGCAGCUCUCGAUGACUGGUUUAAUGAAGUCAGCAGCUAUGAUUUCAACACCAAUAGCUGUACUGGCAUGUGUGGUCACUACACCCAGGUUGUUUGGGCAGAGAGUUACAAAGUUGGCUGCGCCGUUCAUUUCUGCGAUACAGUUGAAAAUUUCCCCGGACUUUUCAGAGCAGCACAUUUUGUUUGUGACUAUGGGCCAGCGGGGAAUUACCCAAGAAAACCAUAUAAAGCAGGAGAAGCAUGCAGUGGGUGCAGUAAUGAGAAGUGCGUGGACAAGCUCUGUGAAAAUACAGAACGCGAGAAGCUGCUAGAUUAUACCUACUGGUACCCGGACUGGGAUACACAGCCCCGGCCACCGCAGCCCCGGCCCCCCAAGCCUCCCGCGCCGCGGCCCCGUCCCCCCAGGCCUCCCACGCCGCCGUCCGUCCCACCCGCCGAGCAUCCGCAUCCCUCUUGUGACCAAUACUGCCUUAGUGUUUCAAUCUUAAGGCCGCUGCUUUUGGUACUGAGUGCUGGUGCUGUUCUUUUAGUACAACAGUGGUAUCCACACACAUUUUUUUAUGAGUAAUGAUCAAUUAAGAUACUGAUAGUGAUCCCACCGCUGUCUUACUCUCAGAGAAUUGCACACAUCUGAAAAAACAUUUGGUCAUCUCGCCAUUAUCCUCGUGAUGUUUAUCCAGCAGAGAAAAGGCUGCAUCUUCACUCAAGGCAAGUUAAAAGUGGCUAUGCAUAGAGUUAGUGUAAUUUAUUGGCAGUAGCUGCAACAUGCUUCUAUGUCUGUACGAGCCUCUUAUCUCUGGCUCAGGGGUAGAUUGCUAGAGGGACCACGUAGACUAUGUAUUACUAUAUAUGCUAACAAGCCUCCUGGAAACCUGGGGCAUCACAAAGACAUGUCUGAAGCAGCACACUGUACCCAAAAAGAAGCAAUAACACAUCCCCAUUAACCUUCAAUUAUCCCAGACAUCGUUUUCCCCAGAUAAUGGAGACUUAACUGUAUGUAUUCCUUUUUAUGAACAGAAGGAGUAAAGCUUGUCCUUUACUCUAUUUAUCCUAUUCGUAUCAGUCUCCAUUAAAGUUACUCUAUUGUCAGUUGUA